CCCUUCCGAGCCAUAUCAGACCACCGUAACCAUGUCUACCUUCGGCCACUAUUUCCGUGUCACGACCUAUGGCGAGUCGCACUGCAAGUCGGUCGGCUGCAUUGUCGAUGGCGUCCCUCCCGGCAUGGAGCUCACCGAGGACGAUAUCCAGCCUCAGAUGACCCGCAGACGUCCCGGACAGAGCGCCAUCACCACCCCGAGAAACGAGAAGGACAGAGUCAUCAUCCAGUCCGGCACUGAGUUCGGCGUCACUCUUGGAACGCCAAUUGGCAUGCUGGUCAUGAACGAGGACCAACGCCCCAAGGACUACGGUAACAAGACUAUGGACAUCUACCCCCGCCCUUCCCACGCCGACUGGACCUACCUCGAGAAAUAUGGCGUCAAGGCCUCCUCGGGUGGCGGCCGCUCUUCCGCCCGUGAGACCAUCGGCCGUGUCGCUGCUGGUGCCAUCGCCGAGAAGUAUCUCAAGCUCGCCUACGGUGUCGAGAUUGUCGCCUUCGUCUCCUCGGUCGGUUCCGAGCACCUCUUCCCUCCCACGGCCGAACACCCCAGCCCGAGCACCAACCCCGAGUUCCUCAAGCUCGUCAACUCCAUCACCCGCGAGACCGUCGACAGCUUCCUGCCCGUCCGUUGCCCCGAUGCCGAGGCCAACAAGCGCAUGGAGGAUUUGAUCACCAAGUUCAGGGACAACCACGACAGUAUUGGCGGCACCGUCACCUGCGUCAUUCGCAACGUUCCCAGCGGCUUGGGCGAGCCUGCUUUCGACAAGCUCGAGGCCAUGCUGGCGCACGCCAUGCUCAGCAUUCCCGCGACCAAGGGCUUCGAGGUCGGUUCCGGUUUCGGAGGCUGCGAGGUUCCCGGCUCGAUUCACAACGACCCCUUCGUCUCUGCCGAGAACACCGAGAUCCCCCCUAGCGUGGCCGCCAGCGGCGCUGCUCGCAAUGGCAUCCCCCGCCCCAAGCUGACCACCAAGACCAACUUCUCUGGUGGUAUCCAGGGUGGUAUCAGCAACGGUGCGCCCAUCUACUUCAGAGUCGGCUUCAAGCCUGCUGCCACCAUCGGCCAGGAGCAGACUACUGCCACCUACGAUGGUACUUCGGAGGGUGUUCUCGCCGCCAAGGGUAGACACGACCCCAGCGUGGUGCCUCGUGCCGUGCCUAUUGUCGAGGCCAUGGCGGCUUUGGUGAUCAUGGAUGCUGUUUUGGCGCAGCAGGCCAGGCACACUGCCAAGAGCUUGCUUCCUCCCCUCAAGCAGACCAUCAACUCCGGAAAGGACACCGUAGGAAACGGUGUUUCUGAAAACGUUCAGGAGUCGGACCUUACGCAAUAGGCGGAUUUACGAUUGUAGGAAAGGGAAAAUGUGAUUAAUGUUAAAAGUUGUUAAAAGGGAUUUGUCUUUUUGUGAUACCGGUAGCUAGACUCUGUUGGGCGUGUUUCUUGUUUCUUUGUACAUGAUUGAAGGUCUAGAAUAAAAAUGCGUUCUUGUUCAUCGAUA